AUCAUCGAUCAGAUUCAUGUCAGCCCCAACUUUCACACGAAUAAGGGGAGGGAAAGGAGGAGAUUUUCUUCAAUAAAGCCAAUAUUUUCUGCUAGUUUUCCAGAACAUAUCGUAGCUGGGUGCAGUGGAUAAACAGGAUGGAAGAUAACAUUUUAAAGGGGAAUUGUACCCCUCUUCCCCUCUCCGCUCUGCGACUCCUGGUCCCACCAAUUCGGCUGGUCUCGGCAGCCAUCUGGCAGACCAUCCAGCAGAAAGUUGUGGCUGAUUAUGGGAUGCUUGAGGAGUUUGUUUCCAUGGUUACAGACAUUGUUCCAGAGCUACUCACCACUCACCAGAGGGCCCAACUUAUCCUGGGCCUCAGAGCACGGCUGAUUCUGGAGUUGUGUCAGAUUGAAGCUACUGCUGACUUUGAGCUUGUUCAACCACACCUGGACAGAGUGCAAAUGCUCAUCGAGGAAUGGGUCACGGAGGCCGGUGCUGCAAAUAUGGAAGUGCCGCACUCAAAGUUUGUGGAUCUAGUUAAGAACAUGCUGAAAGAUCCUGAAGAAAGGGAGCACUUCUUUCAGAAAGUUUUCCCUGAAGAGUUUGGUCCCACAUAUGAUGAAGCACUUCACAGCUUGAUGUGGAUGUUUCUGUCCAGACUUGAAAAGUUUCUUCCUCUUCAAACUUUCCAACAGGUUGCCUCCAUGUUUGGUGAGGUGUCCUCAGUUCUCGAGGAAUGUACGGACUCUGUGUCUCGACGUGAGGAGCUCAAAACCCUGUUGCAGUAUCAAAAAGACCUCAUCCAACUGGAUCACAAUGAUGGUUCCUUGGAUGGUGCCUGCAUUAUUUCAGCUCUCAAACUCCCCUCUAUAGAAAGAACUGGGACAGAUAAGACACAACCACAAGCCAACAUCUUGGAUAAUGUGCUAUCAUGUACAUCCGAUUUGGAGAAGGAAUCUUUAAAGUUGCCUCAUGCAGUACAGAUAAAAACAGAAACAAAAGAUCAGAUAAGUGAGAUAAAGGUCGAUGAAACGUAUUGGACUCCUGGGGAAAAUGGAACCGCUGUGCUUUUGGGAGAUAUUACAAGACACCAAGAAAAUGUAGGCCUUCUUCGAAGUCAAGCGGAGGAUGCGUCCCACCUUCUAAAACAAUGCCGCGUUCAGCUAAAAAGACUGGACAUGCCGCUGCCCUUGCGGUCUCGACCUGUGAGACGAAACAGAGGCCUGAGGCUGAAAAAGAUUCUGUUGGAAGAGAAAAGAGGUCUUCGUGAAGAGGCCCUCUCUGCUCACAAAUCAGCUUCUAGGAAGACAAAACCCUCCAAUAGGGUUCUUUCAGAGGCCUCUGACAAUGAGGAUUCAAGCGGCUUCGACAAAGACUCAUAUAUGGCUCCUAUCAAUGAUUGCAGUGAGGACGACUCGUGGUCUUACUACUCAAAUGAGGACUCUUGCCACAACACUAAAAGUAGUAGUCCCAGUAUGGCUGAUUCAUGGUCUUACUACUCAGAUGAUGAGUGUUCCUUUGUGACUCUUGUCAGUAGUUAUAGUGAAGGUGAUACAUUGUCUAGCUGCUCAAAUGAGGACCCUUCCUUCAUGGGUCCUAAAAUGUUAUCAGCUACCACAAGAAAGCAGGGAGUCUCCGGCAUCAAAGCAAGCACUUCGAAAAAGACUCGUAAAGUCCAGUGCUUUCUCUGCAAGGAGCAUGUGAAUACAAGCUUGAGAACUCACAUGAAAACCCACUUUCCCAGCGGUGAUUACGCUUGCCCUCGAUGCGACAGCAGGUUUAAACUCCUCUCAUCCUUUAAGCUGCACUUGAGCAGAACCUGCUUUGAGUACGGUAAGCAGCAGGUGGAUCCGGAGAAGCCGGACGAAGCCAAGAAUCUUUACAAAUGUGACAAAUGCGAAGAGGCAUUCAGGUACAAAGUUUCACUGGAAAGGCACAAACUGACCCACAACGAACUGUACUGCAAUGUGUGUAGGAAGGUGUUACGAGACGCAGCAACUUUGGCGAGGCACAAGGCUUCUCACACCCUGUUUCAGUGUAACCGCUGUGAGGAGACCUUCACUCUUUUUAAGCCCUUGCUUAGGCACUGCGAAAACAUCCAUAAAAUCAGCAGGCCGUUUAAAUGCAACCAUUGUCCGAAAACGUUUUCCAAGCUGCGCAUUUUAAUCGCACACGAGUGGAAACAUACGGGUCAUCUACCGUUCCAGUGCGCUCAGUGCGGCUUGAGAUUCAAAACCGACGCAGAUCUCAUUUCCCACGAACGAGUCCACACGCGGGAGAAACCUUACCUUUGUGCAGAGUGCGGCAAGACCUUCUCCCAGAAGUCCAACCUGCUGCGGCACUUGAAUUUCAUCCACAGCGAGUCUCGAAAUGAGAAGAAGCAUUCUUGCUCCGAGUGUGAGAAAUCCUUUAAAGAGAAAGGAGCCCUAAAAAAACACCAGAGGAGCAAACACUUAAAAGAAUUGUUCCGUCAUCCGUGCCCGUACUGUGGAAAGAUGGUCUCCUCGUCAACAAUCGCUAGGCAUAAAUUAAUCCAUACGGGAGAGAGACCUUACAAAUGCACCAUGCCUGAAUGUGACAAGUACUUCAGGUCAACUUCUGAAGUGAAGAGGCAUGUCCUUAUACACCAUACUACAGAGAGACCAUAUAAAUGUGAUGUCUGUGGGAAGGGCUUUAUAAAAAUGUGUUUUCUUAACGCACAUGCUAAAAUACACUCAGGAGAGAAGCCAUUUGUUUGCCAUUUCUGUGGCAAGGCUUUCCCCAAGCUAUACAGCAUGAAAAGACACAAAAAACUUGUACAUACAUUUGUAACACAUUAAGAGAACAGGCCUGUGUUCACAACAUAGGGGUUCAGAAGUAAUGGUUGCUGACAUUUUUAUCAAACAGAUUCAUUGUAAUGUUGAGACAAACCGUUCAUGGAGUUUGCAUUGUACGCAAGACAUACGUGUAUAAAACUACAUCAAAGAGUACGCCACACCGAUUUAGUAUUGCACUUCAUUAACAGUGUUAUCGAUCUCAUGAUGGACAGUCUGUAGCCCACUCCUCAUCUCUGCGUGAGGCUCGCAGCUCAAGCAGAGAUUCAUUUCUAACAGUUGAUUCACUUUCAUAGACAUAAAAGUAUUUUUAUCUGGUGAUCUGUGUAAAAAAAAAACAAACAUCCACUAUGUUGAUUGUGAUGAAAAGAAAAACUCCAGGUGGGCGCGUACUUGAACAGGCACUGUAUGCAUUUAUUUUCUGCUCUCAAUUAUAUUGCCAAACUUCACAUGUUACAUGAGGAUACAUUGUAACAGUAUGUCACAUUAUUGGGAGAUUUGUAUCAACCUAAUUAGGCAUUGCAUGGAAGGCCUAACUAAAAAAAAUGGGGUUAAAACAGAUACAUUACCUGUCUGUGGGGAUUGCAUUUAUAUGAUGUGUUAGUAUCUGUAGGGUUUAUCUGCUAACAUUCCAUCUGCUAUUUCAUAGUUUAAAAAUAGUUGCAGCACCACCCACAUGCUAAACAGUUCGAGAAGUUUUUUUUAAAUUAUUUUUUUUACAUUUUGUAUAUAUUAAUUUUUCCUUGAAACAUAAAAUAUGCAUCUUCCUUUAAAAAAAAACAAUAAAUGUUUCAUUGUUUAUGUGUU